AUGGAAGUUAGGUCUCUCUGCAACCUCGAACCUCAAACACUGUCGAGCCAUGGUGAUGGAGAAAGUCGGGUCAAAUUCUAUGGCGAAUAUUUCUGGGCUUCGCGGCCCGCUGUGGUGGAUGCAGUGGGCCAAGCGUGGCUGGGCAAUCGCUGCCGUCGGAUUCGCUGUCUUCGUCUUCGUCUUCGCUCUCUCUGUCGCCUCCUACUAUCUGAGUUCCGAGCCGGAGUCCAACACCGCAACUCAUUUCAUCGCAUCACUACCUCCGAUUUGAUCGACCUGACAUUGUUGCACAGCGCCAAAGAUAGAGGCGCCCCCUCUUGUUUAAUUUAUGGUUUUGCAGUUUGUUUAGAUGGAAGUUUGCCUGGCUACCAUUUUCAAAAGGGAUUUGGAUUCGGCGCCAAAAAUUGGCUACUUUUCAUUGAGGGUGGAGGUUGGUGCAACACAAUAGAAUCGUGUAUUUUGCGUAAACAUAUGCAUUUAGGAUCUUCCAAACAUAUGGGACGUCGAGUUCACUUUUCUGGGAUUUUAAGCCCUUACCCUGACCAUAAUCCGGGAUUCUUUAACUGGAACCGAGUCAGAAUACAGUAUUGUGAUGGCGCACUUAUAGCCGGUCACCCUGAUAAUGAGUUGAAGAAUGGAACGGAACUUUUCUUUAGGGGCCAGCUCAUCUGGGAAGCAAUUAUGGAUGAACUCUUGUCAUUUGGCUUGUCAAAAGCGGAACAGGCCCUUCUUUCGGGAUGCUCUUCUGGUGGGGUGGCGGCUCUUAUACAUUGUGAUGAAUUUCGACAUCUUUUGCCUAAGGAUGCCACUGUCAAAUGUCUAGGGGAUGCGGGUUUUUUUCUUGAUGAGAAAGAUGUUCUCCGCAAUCCUACCGUGAGAUCUCUCUUUCGUGAUGUUGUCAACCUUCAGGGGUUAGCGAAAAGUUUGAACAAGGAUUGUGUUGCAAGAAUGGAACCAGAUAGGUGUAUAUUUCCUGAAGAAAUUGUUAAAAACAUCAAAACCCCCGUGUUCCUCGUUCAAUCAGCUUAUGAUUUUUGGCAAAUACAAAAUACCUUGAUACCUAAAGCAUCCGAUCCACAUAGCUACUGGGAAAAGUGCAGACUGAACAUUUAUAAUUGCAAUUCUACCCAGGUUGAAAUACUUCUAGGUUUCCGGGGAUCUCUGCUGAAGGCGCUGAAUGAUUUCGAGAAAAAUAAGGAAGGAGGAAUGUUUAUAAGUUCUUGCUUCAUUCAUUGCCAGACAUUGAUGACUGAGAUAUGGAAUUCGCCGAAAUCUUUAAGGAUAAACAACAAGACAAUUGCAGAGUCAGUGGGGGACUGGUACUUCAAUCGAAGUGCAGCGAAGCUAAUAGACUGCCCGUUUCCAUGCAAUCCGACCUGCUACAAUGUGAAUUUCACUCGAGGUUGAUUGAACUCAAGAAACGCUUUCAACUUUUCAACUGUUAUUCCGAACUGUAGAUCUUUGGAGCCUCAGUUCACCCUAGUGAAAAUUCUACCCUCCUUGUCCAGACUCCGAGC